AUGGCUACAAAGUGCGACUCAAGUAGGGAUGUAAUAAGUGAGCUGCCAGCAGACGUUAAGGAAAGAAUUUUGGAGAGGUUACCCACUCGAGACGCUGCAAGAACUGCUAUACUCUCGACUAGGUGGAGGGAUGUUUGGUUGGGGCACGGGCGGAUUGUGGUUGAUUUGGACUUGUUUCAGUGUGUCGAAAGAUGCGAAGGUGAUAAAAGUGUAGCUUUUGUGAACAUGAUAAAUGACAUUCUCUUGCGCCAUGCUGGACCUGUUAAGAAAUUUACUCUAUGCAUUUGCUUACAAGAUCUUAAGCUGCAACCAUCUGAUUUAGAUCGAUGGCUUCUAUUUCUAUCAAAGAAAUGGUAUUCAGGAACUUACAAUCUCCAUACCUGGUUCGGACCUUGA